UCUUUCCCCCCUCUCGGAUGUCCUCCGCAGGUUCUUCAUGAAGGGCGAAACCCCCGUCAACAGCACAAUGAGCAUCGGUCAGGCUCGCAAAAUGGUGGAGCAGCUGAAGAUUGAGGCCAGCAUGUGCAGAAUAAAGGUGUCGAAAGCGGCCGCCGACUUGAUGACCUACUGCGAUGCCCACAUCUGUGAGGACCCCCUCAUUAGCCCUGUGCCCACCUCGGAAAACCCCUUCCGGGAAAAGAAAUUCUUCUGCGCUCUGCUUUGAACUAUUUUUGCUCCCACCUACUCAUCUGCCCCUUAUCCCCUUUCCUUCACACACACACACACUCACACACACACUUUAUACUCAUCAAUCUGUAUGGAGUUGGGUUAUUGCAGGAUUCUAGGCCUCCAAGCUCCUAUCACCGGGGGUAGAAAAAAAAGGGGGAUUUUAUUUAUUUUAUUUUCUCCUGCAGAGACCCCCCAAUCCUAUUUUCCACAAAGCUUCCAAACUCAGGAAGCAGAAAUAAUGCAGAGCAUUGAUACGAAAGCAACAGCCUCAUUUCCUCAAAUGUGGGGGAUCUGUGGUUUGCUUAGGGGGUGGGGGAGUAAAUCAGGGUACCCAAGUACCCUCCCCCAAUUAGAUCAAACAGCCAGCGACCCUGGGAUCGAACCGAGGGCGUUUCGUUCCAGCAUUGUUCCCACCAACUUCACCAUGGUUAAAAGUUGAGCUCCGAAUGGAAGUUAAGCGAAGCCAGCCCUUCCCUCUUCCUCCUCCUCCUCUUCCUCCCCUGCCCCACAGG